UGGUAUUACUCUUCUUUUCCCUUGUAUUAUAAAUUGUCCAACAAGCACCCACUUCAAGGUAUUUGAAACAGAGAGAGAGAGAAAAAUGGUGUGGCCUUUGAAGGAGAGAAGGGGUCCAGCGUGGAAGCAAGGGUGGACCAUAAACACUUUGUACUCCAUAUCCGCACCACCUUUGCAACUGUUGUCCAUUGUUGGCAUCGUGAUGUUUUUGCUUUUUGUUCCAUCUUAUAUAAACUUCAAGUCAACAGUGCAGACAACCACCGUCAGCUUCCACGUGUUCCUCUUGGUUUUGCCAGUUGUGUUGAUUUUCAUUGCCUACUACAUUUCUAGAUGUGGAACACGCCUUGUGCUUCCGGUGCCGCCGUCAUUCUUUGGUCGUGUACGAAUGCGAGCACGAACGUCAGAAACAGGAGGGUCGUCGCCUUGGGGCGUAGCGGCGUCGGUGGUGUUACUUUUGGUUUUGGCCUCCUACAUCUCCAAUUUCAGGUCCAUGUGGUCGCCACUCAUUUCGAGACCCUACUAGUUGCUAUUUUAUAUACGUAAGUCAUAAUAUUUGUGAAAUCGAAAAUAGUCUCUUUGGCCCUGGCCAAUUUUUGUGUAUGUCAUCACAUCAUAAUCAUAUAUGUGAUCAAUUGCAGCUGGUUUCU